CAAGGCAGAGUACAUGUAAUAUAUUAUAAUGAGAUAUUGAUAGGGAAGAAGUUGGGGGACAGGUGGACUUCCGCUUCGUUUACAAUUGUGAUUAUCUUGUUAUUGUAUAUUUCGUUCCUGUUUUGUAUUAUAUAUUUUAUAUAUGUUAUAUCUUUAUAUGUAUGGCUGAUAUGUAGAGGAGUAUGAAUGUAUGGAUAAACGGCUUGCUAGUGAAAGAGAAGAACGGUCAAGCAGAUGGAAGAGAGAGGAGCCGAGGAGAUCGGAGAAGGAGAAAGAGAGACAAGGAGAGGAGUUUACGAGGAGCAGGAGAGUGAAAAGAGCAGAGAAGAGCGUAAAGAGUCGGUGGGGCUCAACAGCACGGAAAGUGGAGAGAUGACGGAGAGACGGCAAGUUGGGAAGAAUGAGAGGUGGAAGGAGAAUAAUGAUUUAAUUGAUUGUCUUAGGAGGAGAAGCAGGAAAGAAGGAGAGACGGCGAGAAAGCAUGAGGGGAAAGAGACGAAGAGGCGGAGAGAGCAGAGGAAGAUAGGAGAAAGAGGAGAGGAGGAGAGGCCCCUUGAUGAAAAACGGAAAGAGGAAAUCAAGGAGGAGAAGUAGAAGGAAGAGAGCAGAGAUGAA